AUGGAUCCUGCUCGGAGGACCCCAGUGAAUCAGUCUUCAGCGGCAAUCACUGAGGUUGUCCUUCUUGGUUUCUCCAGCUUCGGCCAGCUGCAGCUGCCCCUCUUCCUCCUCUUCCUCAUGAUGUACAUGCUGACGAUGCUGGGGAACGCUCUGGUUAUCUUCAUGAUCAGGCUGGACCGCCGCCUCCACACGCCCAUGUAUUACUUCCUCAGCCACCUCUCGCUGCUGGAGCUGCUCGUCACCACCACUGUCACACCCACGAUGCUCCUUCUCCUCCUCUCCCAGCGCAAGACCAUCUCCUUCUUGGCCUGCGCCCUCCAGGGCUACGUCUACUUCCUGGCAGGCUCAGCUGAGGUUCUUCUGCUGGCCUCCAUGUCUGUGGACCGCUAUGUGGCCAUCUGCAACCCACUGCGCUACACGGCCAUCAUGAGCGGCCAGGUCUGCCUCAGCCUGGUGUUGUCCUGCUGGAUGAGCAGCUUCAUCUUCAUCUCGACUUCCAUGGUGCUCAAGGCCAGGCUGCCCUUUUGUGGGCCCAACGCCAUCGACCACUUCUUCUGCGACAGCGCCCCCUUGCUAGAGCUGAUCUGCGCUGACACCAGCCUCCUCUGGGCCCUGGACUUGGCCAUCUCGUCCUUCCUCCUCCUCAGCUCCGUUUCUGUGACAACGGUGUCCUAUCUCUGCAUUGUCGCCACGGUGAUGAGGAUGCCCUCAGCCCAGGGCAGGCAAAAGGCCUUCACCACCUGCACCUCCCACAUCAUGGUGGCCUCGCUCUACUACGGCAGCUCCAUCUUCAUCUACGUCAAGCCGGCUGACAACUCCUCCGCGGGCUUCAACAAGGCAGCCACGGUGCUGAACACAGUGGUGACACCCCUGCUCAACCCCAUCAUCUACAGCUUCAGGAACAAGGCGGUGAAGGAAGUGCUGAGGGAUGGGAUGGGCCGGAUGGGCGCUGCCCUCCCUAAGAGUGCUUGA